GACAUGACCGGUGAGACUGGAACACUUGGAUACAUGGCACCUGAGGUUCUUGAAGGAAGGGCUUACAACAGGAAAUGCGAUGUCUAUAGCUUCGGUGUAUGCCUCUGGGAAAUAUACUGCUGCGACAUGCCCUACGCUGACUGUAGUUUCGCUGAGAUCUCUCACGCCGUCGUUCAUAGGGUUAGUUCGUCUCUCUAUCUCUCUUUAAAUAAAACCUCUCCGAUGUUACUGUAUAUGUUAAAGCUAUAAUCAGGAAAUCUAAUCGCCUCACU